UAUUAUUAAAUCACCUAAAAAAUAAUUGCAUGUGACUGUCUAUAAUAAGUGAGAAUAGUAACAUCCCAAAAAAAAAAGGUAGAUUACAUGUUAAUCCUCAUCAUCCGUAUGUAUAAGAUAAAUCCUUCACUAAAACUACGAUAUAAUGAGUAAGUCAGCAAAUAUAGACAGGUCAUACCGUCUAACUAUUCCAUGAAUAAAAUUUCCACUUUAUUCUUCUCUUUUGACAAGACCCUUUCCAAGAAUUGCUUGAGAACCUUUGUCCAUUUACAUCUCUGACCUUGUCAUGCUCUACUUGUACAACAAGCUUUUGUGUCCUUCAGACUCAGUCAUUUGCCUCUGAACCUAAUCUUCAAAAAGCUUCACCUGAAAGUUUGCAAGUUCUAUAGUUGCUAUAAAAGUCUCUUCUCUGGCAAACUACCUUAAGCAAUUCAAACAUAUUACCCCCUUUUCGUCCUUUUGCCUAAAACUCUAUAAAUCUGCUUAAUCCUAAACAUUCAAUAUUGUAAUCAUGUUUUCUCUUUCAAAAAUGCCUUCAACAACAUCAGUGCUAUCAGCAUAUACUACUUUGACUGCUUCAGCAGUUCUAGUUAGAACUUUAGUCUCUGAAGUUCAGAACAUGACAAACCAACUCUUACCCAAAAAUCUCCAAGAGAAAAUCUUGUCAAAAGUUGGAAUCUUAAUGGGAAAUCUCUCUUCCCAAAUGACACUCAUCAUUGAGGAAAACACUGGUUUCACUCCAAAUGAAGUCUUUGAAGCUUCUAACAUAUACUUAGGCACUAUAGUGUACCCUUCAGUUCAAAGGGUCAAAAUUUCCAAGGCAGAGAAAGAAAAGAAGUUCUCAGUCACCAUAAGCAAAGAUGAGAAAAUCAUUGACACAUUUGAAGGAGUGGAACUCAUUUGGGAGCUAAAAAUUGUGGAAACUCACAAGGCUAAUUGUGAUGAUGGCUACUUCUCUUCAGAAAAAGUGGAACAAAAAUGGUUUGAACUUAGUUUCCUCAAGAAUCACAAGGAAAUGGUGUUGGACACUUAUUUGCCAUUUGUUCUUGAAAAAUCAAAAGCCAUAAAAGAAGAAAACAAGGUGAUAACACUCUCCCCACUUGGAAGUUAUGGUGAAAGUGUCAAUCUUCAUCAUCCAUCAACUUUUGAUACACUAGCAAUGGAUCCUGAACUCAAGCAAAAACUGAUGGAUGAUUUAAACAGAUUUGUUAUGAGAAAAGAUUAUUAUAGAAGAGUUGGCAAGGCCUGGAAAAGAGGAUAUUUGUUGUAUGGACCUCCAGGGACAGGCAAAUCUAGCUUGAUUGCAGCCAUUGCUAAUUAUCUGAAAUUUGAUAUAUAUGAUAUGGAACUCUCUAGCUUGCAAGCCAACUCCGAUUUCAGAAGACUGCUAGUCUCUGCCAAGAAUAGAUCCAUUCUUGUCAUUGAGGACAUUGAUUGCACCAUUGAGUUAGAGAACAGAGAUGGUGGCGCGCACCAAAGUGAAAGUCAGGUUACACUUUCAGGGUUGCUGAACUUCAUUGAUGGGCUAUGGUCAAGUUGUGGAGAUGAAAGAAUAAUUGUGUUCACAACUAACUAUAAAGAAAGACUAGACCCUGCAUUAUUAAGGCCAGGAAGAAUGGACAUGCACAUUGAAAUGUCCUAUUGCACUCCUAGCGGAUUCAAGAUUCUAGCUUCCAACUACCUUGGCCUAAAAAAUCACUGCAAGUUUCGCGAAAUCGAAGAGCUUAUAACUGAACUGAAUGUGACCGCAGCAGAGAUUGCACAAGAGCUAAUGAUAAGUGAUGAAGCAGACAUUGCACUUGAUGGACUAAUUAAAUUCCUUAACAAGAAAAAAGAGGAGAAAAUUGUGGUACAAAAUGCACUUGAUGAGAAAGAAGAUGAAAUUGAGGAAAUAAACAAGCAAGUAGAAACCAAAGAGAUUAAGAAACGUAAGGGGAAUUCAAGGAGGGGAGGAAGAACCAGGCGCAAAAUUUUCUAGUUUGUGUGUACAAUUAACUAGAAAAUUUCUUAUGCCUUGUAUUUUUGCAUUCUCAUACUCUUUCCUGAUAUGUUCAAUAAACUUUUCGACAUGUAACUAGUGUUGAAUAUUAUAGUAAUUUAGGUACUGAAAAAGUUAAAAUGAAAGGAAAAGGUAUAACGAAACUGCAACUUAGUGUUAUAUCAAAGUUGCCAACAGCUAGUUCGAAUAAUUGUGAUGGACAGAAAUUUCAGAUAUUACUAUGACGUUCAAACAUGAUUGUGUAGUUUCCUAUAAUGACCUUUUACUUCCUAGUACGUAAUAGAUUAUAUAUCCAUAUUAAGAUAGAAACGCGUCUAAUUCGAAAAAUGAUGUACCUCCGGAAUUUGCAGAGCUUCUUGUGUAUUGAUAUCACCAUCUUUCUCCAUAUCAUUAACUAAAAUGUUGAUCUCAUUAUUGCCUAAUCUAGUGCAACCACCCAUCAAAGUCUUCGUUAAUCACCGGAAGUGUGCAAAUCAACUUGUACACACCUCAACUAUUUUCACCGGAUGCCUCUAACCAGUUUUCACCUAACCAGUUUUCA